AUGUCCCCGACCUCCCCAGGCACACGUGAAAAAUUCUUCCAGUGGUGUCGAGUUGACAAGGGCCUCUACCAGCUGUUCCCACUUCACCCUCACUACAUGUUUGGGUUUGCCAGGCAAGGUUUUUCACCACUCAGAAUGGAAAGCAACAUGUCAGUUUUAAGUGAUAUCCUGGAGCUCAAAGGCUUUGACAUAUCUCCAGAGCUCACGUAUCCUCUGUUUUUCAUACUGCUGUUUCUUUAUGUUUGCCUGCUUUUCUCUAACAUUGGAGUUCUUGUUCUGAUCAUCACUGAGAAAACAUUGCACCAGCCCAUGUACAUUCUUUUUUGCAACCUGUCUGUCAACGAUCUACUAGGUAACACAGCCAUGCUGCCUCAGCUUAUGGUUCACAUCAUUUCAACAGAUCGGUUCAUCAGCUACAACGCGUGUGCACUUCAAGCAUUCUGCAGCCACACUUUCGGAUCAGCUUCACAUAUGAUUCUCAUGAUAGGUCUCUCAGUGCGGCUGACCCGUUGUAGAUCAUUUAUACAAAAUUCUUACUGUGACAAUGCAUCUCUGUUCAAGCUUUCUUGUGACGAUGUGUCCAUCAACAAUAUCUAUGGACUGUUUUUCACUGUUCUGCUGUUUAGUUGUUCAAUGGGAGGCAUAGCUGCCACCUAUAUCCAAAUAGCUCUCAUCUGCUGGACCAAGAAAAACAAAGAUUUGAAUAGCAGAGCACUGCAAACAUGUGCGAGCCAUCUUGUUGUUUAUCUUAUCAUGCUCUGGAUGGGGUUUUUAACAAUCAUAUCACACCGUUUACCAAAUUAUCCAGAUUUAAGGACAAUUGCAUAUGUGUUGUUUCUUGUAGUACCUGCUAAUUUAAAUCCAGUCAUUUAUGGAAUGCAAACAAAGUCAUUACGGGAUAAAAUUAUCCAAAUACUGCAAAGAAAGGUGACGUCAACCUGA